CAAGAACGUGAAGAGCUAGAGAACAAGCUUGAAGCAAAAGACAAAAACAUUCAGAAAAGAAUACCACGUUCGGUACCAAAAGGAAAGGAAAAGAACUAUAAGUAUAUGAUUUAUACUGAAGAGAUGGAAAAUGAAGAAGAUAAAGAUAUGGUUAUGUUGCAUUUAGUCAGAAGAAACAACAAAAGCUUUUACGACCUUGCUAAGAUUUACAAAUCUGACAGAAAUUGGUUCUAUCGCGAAAACUUACCGAUUUCAAUGACACCGAAUGAAGAUGUGAAACAAAUAGUUCAAGAUACUUUACCUCAAACACACUAUGAUAUGAAAGGUUGUACAAUACUUACCUUCAAAGAAGAUUUGCCAUUGUUAAAGGAAAAAAUAACAGAGUAUUUUGACAACUUCAAACAAGUAGAGUAG